CAUGUGUUAUUCGUUACUGCCACUUGAUAACAAAGGUCAAGUUUCAAGAGGUCGAUCCGUAUAGAUAGUGUUCGUUCUAACUUCGUAGAAGCUAACAAAACAACGGCGCUAUAAUGAGAAUUAUCCUUUUGGGUUUCUGCUGGUUGUUGUCUCUGCAGGGAUGCCUGAUGGCGUUGAGGUCAAGGCGCGAUGCCGCCGACAGCUCAGCUCAAGCGUGCGUCACGGAACUAAACCUGGAGGUGGAAAAGAUCAUGAAGAUCAACGGCGAGGACUAUACACCCGAAGGAGACGAGGAUUACGCAAGGUACACGGAGUGUUACUGGAAACGAAUGGGAUACCUGGACGACUUUGGGGACUUUAUCGCUGAUAAUCUCAAAAAGAUGAUCGUUGAGAGUAUCAAACUUGACGCGCACACAAAGAAGUCGAUGCACAAAAUUGCCGAGCUUAUUCUGGAGCAGUGUCGGCACUCUCACGGUCCGACGAUUGGGCAGAAAGCGAUUCGCAUGGAAAAUUGCAUUACGAAAUAUUACAAAGUCUUCCUCAGAAAAUAUUCUGAGGCUGAAUCGAACGUGGUUAACCAUAAAUAGUUGCAAUAUUUAGCUAUUAAUUAAUCGAAAUAAAACUAAUGCUUACCUUU